AUGUCAAGCCCAGAUAACGAUGUUGCCGGUAGGCUUGUACUAAUCACUGGAGCUUCUGGUGGCAUCGGUAGUGCCUGUGCAAAGCAGUUCUUCGACCUUGGCUGUGAUCUGGCUCUGACAUAUUCAUCAAAUCGAGAUUCUCUCGAAGCUCUGGUGAAAGAGUUCAGGACCCGUGCAGCUCAAUCCCAGAGCAAACAGUCAUUCUCUAUUCACCWGGCCGACUUGGCGUCUCCAGAACAGACGACCAAGCUCUGCGAAGAUGUCCAAAAAGAACACGACCGCAUUGUUGAUAUUCUCAUAAGCAAUGCAGGCUAUGGAAAACGGAUACGAGAUGUUUCUGAGAUUCCUUUGAGCGAGUUCGAGAUCACCUUGAACGUAAACCUACGAGCUCCAUUCUUGCUCGUCAAAGGCGUCGUGGAUGGCAUGAAGGCACAAAAAUGGGGUCGUGUCAUCUUCGUUUYAAGCAUAGCUGCGUAUGGCGGUGGCAUGAAUGGCUGUCAUUAUGCCGCAUCGAAGGGUGGCAUGAUGGCCAUGAUGAAGAACCUUGCCACCACAUUAGCUCCAUACAACAUUACCUGCAACGAUGUGGCUCCUGCAAUGGUGGGCAAUACCGGCCUUCUGCCUUCUGGUGACCAGUUCCCUGGGCUCGUCGAUAGUAUACCUCUACACAGAUUGUGUGAGCCGGAUGAGGUUGCCAAUGCAUGCUCCUUCUAUGCUCGUACUGGAUUCGCCACCGGGCAAAGCAUCAUCAUCGCCGGGGGCCUGAAAUAG